ACAUCAUAUCUUCGACUUUUCAUGAUUCUUUGUUCAGAUUUUAAAGUAACGCGCGAAGGUGUUUAUUGAUGGUUUUGAUUAUACAUAGAGAAAACUGAAUUUUGUUGGUGUAUAUUAUUGACAUGGAGCGAGGCCUCUUGCCAUCGAAUCCAGAUGUCGAAAAAUCACCAGAUUUUGCUGCCAUAAUGAAGAAUUUGAUGAGCCGUAUAUCUGUCUCAGGCCUAUCAAAAGAAAAAGAAAAAACUAUCAUUCAGCAACUGAAAACACUGAAGAAACAUCAGCACAUUUUUUUAAAAAAUCAAUUUUUGUAUGAUACAAUGAAAGUGUACUGUGCUGGAGAUAAUUCGGGGAAACCUUUGCUUGACAAAACUGGUGCAAUUAUUGCAACAGAAGAACUGCCCUCGCAUAUCAGAAUACAAAAACUUUCUCCAUUAACACCUGAAGAAGUGCAGGAAUUGAGAUACAUAGCAGCUGAGAGAAUUAUAGUGAGAAGUGCACACGUGAAAAAUCUAAUGUAUGAGUCAGGACUGCAAGUUGCUGAAUGGCUUCCACUUUCUGAGGGUGAAAAAAUAGUCACUAAAGCAAAGAAGAUCUUGAGUGAAGAUUUUAAAGCAUACUAUACAGUAGCACAUUUAUAUUUGGAUAAAACUCUGACAUUAUGGCAUACAUGCGACAAAAGUUAUAAUGCAUAUCUUAAUAACUUGAAUUGGCUUGAGAAAAGAUGUUCACUUCAUCAUCUCAAACUAAGAAUUCUUGAAUGCAGGAUUUCACUGGCGUUUUAUUCUGAAGAACCACAACAAAUAGAGGCUCUUGAACUGUUAGAAGUUCUUUUGAAGGAGAAGUUGAGUGAACUCAGAACUGAACUUCAGAAACUACAGUCAACAACAACCCAAUACAAUAUGCUAAAGGGUACAGAAUAUGAUGCCAUUCUUCAUCAGUAUAUUGAUGUGUUGAGAAAGCUGAAAGAACAGGCAUGGACACUGAAUCAAAUGUCAAACAGUUAAGAGAGAGUGUGUUUGUGUUUGUGUGUGUGUGUGUGUGUGUGUGUGUGAGAGAGAGAGAGAGAGAGAGAGAGAGAGAGAGAGAGAGAGAGAUACCAUGUUUACAAUACUUGAAAUAAAUUAAAAGGUACAUUUAUUAAUUAUUAGUUACCAACAAUUGAAUCUUUUCAAUUAAUUCAGCGUGAUUUAUGGAAAAAAAUCCUGAAGAAUUCAUCUGUAUUGUAGCUGUAUUGCAAUGUAUAUGUCUUGUAAACAUUUAGAAAAGUUCUGUGGUUUCAGAGUAUGUCUUUGUUUAAAGGAAACAAGGAAAGACUAGCCAGAGUAAAAACCUACACUAACGCAACAUGAAUAUUUGUAUAGGAUGGGCUAGUUAAACAUAUAUGUUAAAAGAC